UUAUUAUAGAUGGAUGCGGAACGGAAGGAAAAAUACAUAGAUACAUUUAUCGGUUGUUUUAAAAUCGAUUUAAGAUGAUUAAAUGAAGUUCUAAAUAGCCAGAAAAUAUAAAUAAUUGUAUUCUAAGAAACACACGUUCGAGAGACUGCAUCAAAAGGAUUUUUUAUUAGACUUUUCGGACUUAAAAAUAAAUUAAUGAUAAACUUUAUUUACAGCAGGUUCUGGCCAGUGUAUGAAGAACUUCCAUCAUUAGGAGCUGCCAUUCAGUUUGCUUUAUUGAAUUCUUCUAUUUGCCUUUCAAACAGGUGGAUUUGGCUGAUAAACGCAUUGAUUCCCAGCCUCACAGACAGAAAGAAACCUGCGUUUUGGUCAAGGUUGUCACUUUUUUUUUUUCUUGAGGAUCUGUCCUUCAUCAGGAGACAGCAGCUCGUGGAUUUUUCUCCACCUGUCCCAGCACACAGACCGUAGUGCCGGCUGUUGAUGAUGAGACUCCAAAUGAGGGUGCUGCAGAGCUCCGGUCUGCACGGGGAGUGCUGGAAGACAGGAGAGGCAGAGGAGCGUUUGUGAAGGUGAUGGCGGGGAGGGGAUUGUGUGUGUCUGUGUGUCGUCAGCAAUCAUCGUCAUUGUGACUCGGAGCUCGACAAGAGCCAAUAGCCUUCCUCUGUUCCUCCUGCAUCUCUACCUUCUCUCCCUCCGCUCCCUCUCUAUCAACCAGUUAUUCUCCUGCGCACAGCUGAGGUUCAGCAUCCAAACAGCCUCCGCCUCCUCCUCCGCCUCCCUCUCUCUAACACCUCUCAGUUGCUUCUGAGUCCUGCCAGCUCCAACAGCAGCUCUGAGGAAAGAGGAGAAAGUGGUGGAAAAAGCUGAUCAGGAUGUGUCAGAGGAGGCGUGCGUCCUCGCUGCUUCUCUGCUCCUUCUUGCUCCUUGGCAGUUGGACCCAAGCUGUCCCCUCGUAUUUCCAGCUGGCUCCGGACACCCCGGCCCCGGCGGAGCCCACUCCGACCCGGGCCACACCUCUCCCGGACCCCUGCGAAGGCCGACCCUGCCUCAACGGAGGACUGUGCCUGGCCCUGCCCUCCGCCGGCAGACCGGAGGAGAACUGGGAGUACAUGUGCACCUGCAGCCAGGGCUUCACAGGACGCAACUGUGAGUUCUUCACAGACCCCUGUGCCAGCAGUCCCUGUCUCCAUGGAAACUGCAGCCGCAGCGACGGGGGCGAGGAGGAGGAGCCGUCUUACACCUGUGAGUGCUCUGAGGGCUACGAAGGAGAGCGGUGCGAUCAGAUCCUCCUGGACCUGCCGCCGGCCGACUGGGACCCGGCCACGCCCUCAGCCCCUGAACGGGUGACCCCCGCCGCCUCCACGACCACGGCUGCCACUCAGCCACCAACCACGGUCCCCACAACUACCACCACGGAGGCAGCUCCCACCCUGCCGUCAUGGCAACCAAAACCUGGGCAGAGGCUGCUGGUAGUUCCAUGGGAGGCGGACAGGGUGACGGAGGGCCUCCACUGUUUGAGCCCUGAGCUUUGUGAGCUGACGUCAGGAACUCUGACGCUGUCCGUGGAGGUGCCUGAAGAAAGCGCUGUGAAGGUCAUAGUGAACGCCAGUGGGGCUCCGGUGCUUUGGCGAGUGAGUGAGGAGGGCUUCCUGCGCUCCUCCAUUCUGAACGGCACCACCGUGUGGUUCCUGCAGGCCCCUGAUGGACUAGUGGUGCCGGACAACCUCCUGCCUCUGGGACAGAACUACUUCCUCAGUUUAAUUCGUGUGGGGGCUCCCACAGCCCCAGAGGUCACCCUGCGCCUCAACCUGACGGUGAAAGCCAGCAGCUGUGUGGAGCCCGGCAGCAGCUUCAGCGACCCUCAGUGCUCCGGGAAAGGCAAAUGCAUCACGCAGCCCUCUGAGAGCACCUUCUUCUGCGAGUGCGAGGACGGCUACACGGGAAUCUUUUGCGAGGAGUUCGACGCCUGCCAUCGUCGACCUUGUCGCAACAAUGGCUCCUGCACAGACGUCCGACAAGGCGGUGAAGGACGCAACUUUACCUGCACCUGCCAGCCAGGAUAUGAAGGGGAGCGCUGCCAGCAGCAGGUUGACCACUGCCUCUCCCAGCCCUGCAGGAACGGAGCCACCUGCUUCAGCAGCCUGGCUGGGCCCAGGUGCUACUGUCCUGAAGGUUAUCAAGGCACCGCCUGUGAGCAGAAGGUGGACCCGUGUGCCUCCAGCCCUUGUCACAACAACGGUACCUGCUACGCUCAGGGCCCCAGCCCCCUGGGGUUUGGCUGUAGCUGCACAACAGGCUUCACAGGCCCCACAUGUGGUCAGCUGGUCAACUUCUGCGCCCUGAACCCCUGCGCCCACGGAGUGUGCCGCAGCGUGGGCAACAGCUACAGGUGCCUCUGUGUUCCAGGCUACCAUGGCUUGUACUGUGAAGAAGAGUACAACGAGUGUCUGUCUGCUCCCUGCCAGAACUACGCCACCUGCAGGGACCUCAUCAAUUCCUACGAGUGUGUCUGCACGCCGCAGUUUGAAGGCAAACAUUGUGAAAUCUACAAGGAUCCGUGUCUGAAGGUGCACUGCCAGAACGGAGGUCGCUGUGAGAGUUCGGCUCUCAACACCUCCUGCAUCUGCGCUGCUGGAUACCUGGGAGAAAAAUGUGAAAUUGAUAUCAAUGAGUGUGAGAGCAGCCCUUGUCGUCAUGGAGGCACCUGCAUCGACCAAUCAAACGGCUUCACCUGCCACUGCCCACCUGGCUGGGUCGGACCCAGCUGUGAGAUCCACCUGCAGUGGAAGCCGGCACACGCCGAGGACACGCUGACCAACAUGCCCCGCCACUCGCUCUACAUCAUCAUCGGGGCUCUGUGUGUGGCCUUCAUCCUCAUGCUCAUCAUCCUCAUCGUGGGAAUCUGCCGCAUCAGCCGCAUCGAGUACCAGGGUUCCUCCCGCCACGCCUACCAGGAGUUCUACAACUGCAGGAGCAUUGACAGCGAGUUCAGCAACGCCAUCGCCUCCAUCCGCCACGCCAGGUUUGGGAAGAAGUCUCGGCCCGCCAUGUACGACGCCACUCCCAUCGCCUACGAGGACUACAGUCCUGAUGACAAACCGCUGGUUACCCUCAUCAAAACCAAGGAUUUGUAAAACCCUCUUCUCACACUCAUCGUGCGCAACAAGCUUUCGCACACUCACACACAGACCCACACGUGCACAGAGCCUAUCAAAACACGUCCUCCACACACAUAAAGAAAUAAUCAAAAUUGAAUGUAAGGAGGAAAUAAAUGCUGUAGUUCUCCAAUUUGAUUCCUUUAUUUUCUCCACAAUAACGAGGCUUCGUUGUAGCAUCAGAGCAAACCUACUUAAGUUAUAGAUUAUGAGCUGAUAGAGCGUCUAUGGAGAGCCUGAAGGAGAACACACUGACAGGCAUCCUUACAGAAACUCUAGACCAGUGGACCCCAACCCUCAGGCCGUGGGCCUUUACCAGUCCAUAGGACAGUUAGUACUGGGCCGCAGAGAGAAAAAAUAUGACCUGUGUUUUAUUUCUAAUCUGAUUCUGAAGGAAAUUUUAUUUUGGAAAGCCACUGGAUUUCCCCCCCCCACCACAUCUGACUCAUUCCUGUCACUCAGUGUCCUGUCAAAAAUACAUCACAUACUUUCUUAAAGCAGCUGCUCCAACCACGGAACUGAAACCUCCAAACUAGCACAAGUUCACAAAAAAUAUAUAUUUGGAAAGUCUUCACACAGGAAACAGAAGAAGAACCUUCAACUUAAAAAUAAAAGACAGCUGCAUUUAACAGGCAACAACCAGGAGUCUUUACUCAAAUCUGGAUUUGUUGCUACAGUUCUUCCUAUACCAUAAUAUAAUAAUACAUGAUAUUUAGCGAUUAUGAAGAUGCUGCUAAUACGGUUGUUCAAACAGUCAAUUCUUAUUAUUAAAUUUAGAUUUAUAUAUAUAUAUAUAUAUGUGUGUGGUGCACCUUAAAAGUCAGACGAAGCUGAAGUUGGCGCAGAUUUUAUUGAGGGUUUCUAAAUGCAGACAAGAUGGUGGUGGAGCUCCAUCCAGACACAGAGUGCAAAAAAAAAAAAAAAAAAAAAACAUGCUAAAUUGCACUGAAAAAAUUCAUUGAAAUAGUGAGAGGGCAAAGGUGAACUGCAAUUUUGGAUGUACGUCGCUUACCAUGUCCAUCCAUUUAUGACCACAGUGUUCACUUCUCUUGUUGGCUACUUUGCCAUAUCAUAAAGCUGGAAUCCUCUCAGAUUGGUUUCCUAAACAUGACAAGUUCACUGGACUCAAACAGCCUCCACAGUCACCAGAUCUCAACCCAAUAGAUCACAUUUGGGAUUUGGUGGAACAGGAGAUCGGCAUCAUGGAUGCUCAGCCUACAAAUCUGCAGAGACUGUUGAUGAUGUCAUGUCAGUAUGGACUAAACUCUCAGAGGAAUGUCCCAAUUCCUUGUUGAAUCUAUGCCACCAAAGAUUAAAGCAAUUUUGAAGACAAAAGGGGGUCCAAUCCUGCACUGGCAAGGUGUAUCUAUUGAAGUGUCCAGUGAGUGUAUAUCCACCAAUACACACUUUUUGGAGAGACUUCUGGAACUUUUCAAUCUCACUACUGUAGGUUAUGUUUAAAUAGAGUUUAAACUAGCCACAGAUAUUUUACAAACAAUAAGGAUAAACUUUAUCCUCAGAAGUUAAGGGGAACGGAGGCUUAAAAAAAAAAAAAAUCGGACUCUCACUUCAGCCUUGUACAGAUCGGUCCGUAGAAAUAUUGUCGGACAUCAAACCGGUCCAUGGCCCAAAAAGGUUGGGUACCACUGCUCUAGACGUAGGUGCAUCUCACACAGUGCAUUCACUUUAUCCUUUUUCUAUAUAUCCAAACAGUAUUUCUGCAGUAGGUUGCCUUACUUUGUGCAUGGUUAGAUUUGAUGUUCUCUCUGUAAUAUUUUAAUAAAUCAUUAGUUGUUUUUUUUUCAUUGCACAUGUAUAAUUCUGUCAAGAAUGUGCCAAAUGUGUUUUUUCUUUCUUUGUGGUUAGUAGACAAAGUACAAAUAAAAUACUAGUCACAGAUCUAUUUUUAUUUUUAAUCGCCACAGUAUCGUCCUGUUCUGUACAUAUUCUCACUGGUGUGUUUAGUAAAGAGCGUGGGUCUGCUGGACUACUGUAACCUUACUAACCAACUGUGUGUAUUUCAGUGAAACUUAGGAAGAUAUGCUCCUUACUGCACAGAAAACCGAUUUAGUUUGUCGGUUCACCUCGUCGUUCAGUAGAUCCUGGGUUCACGGUUUCUCUGAGAGAGCAGCCUGUUUGUCCGCUGACCUCAGGAGGCCGAGGGAGGAGAAAACCUGAACAAACCCUGUGUGCUUUUGUGUUCUGUCAGUGGAGAACUACCCGUCCGUGCAGCUGUGUCGUUCCACUGAAACUCCAAGUGUUUGCACAUUAGAUUCUGCUGAUUUGGUCCUUUUCUUUCUUUGACUUUUAAACACAACAACACAGUUACCUAUUAUCCGCUAUUAUCUAUGUUGAAAUAUCUAAACAAUAAAGAUUCAAGUGAAACGAA